GCUAAUGCCCGAUCUCGUCGGCGUCGCUCCUCGCAACUGAUUUGCCCCUCGACCUAAACGGGACUCCUCAAGCCGGCGGCGGCGGUCUGGCUGUGCACAGCAGAGGCGGCUACUUGGGCUCCGACAUUCUGCACUUGACGGCGGCGGCAACUCGGCGAGCGGUUGGACGACACCUGCUUGCGAUAGAGUAACCCUAGCCAACUCUAGAACUUAAAAGAAAUCAGCCAACUCCACUACAGCAUGCUGAUGACGACGCCCACUGCUGCCAUCGUCGCUGACAGCGACGCCCACAGUCACCGCGUCCGUGCCACUAUCAACAUCUGUUUUGCGGCUAUAGCGCUACGAUAUGGUUACGACGUCACAAUAGAAUGGAUUGUGGAAAGGGAUGAGCGAAUCUUUGACGUCGGCAAAACGAGGUUGAACACUACAGCUGGGCAGCGAGUCUUUGAAGGUGAUGACAAUGGCGGCACAGUGUAGAUGACAGAAGUGUAGGUGGUUGUGGCGAUGGGGAAAGCAGAUCAGAGAUGGAGCACGUGUUGUGGAUGCAAUUGAGGAAGAGAGUCGUGCUUCAAUCGGAAAGGUUGGAUCUGUAGUUUGUGCGACAAGAUUAAAUCAAUUGGGGUAAUUUCU